AUGAAGUCCAAGGUGGGGAAAUUGUUGCCCACGGGCGGGCAUAAGGAGACUUACACAUUGCUUUCAGCGAGACGAAGAUACAUGAAGAAGUUAAUGCGGCAGCACGUGUCGGCGCCGUGGAGCUCCACAACAACGUCGACAGGUGGCGCUCGCGCUCAACACGAACUAUUCGAGCUUCUUGAAAGAGUACAAUGUUCUCGGUUAGAUGACCAGAGGGCGGUACUGCCGCCAUAUUUUUCUCAACAUACUCAGAACGCUGCAUGGGUCAUUAGAAUAUCAAGGGUCACUGGUCAACCAGUUCGUUCCCUCGUAAGAAAUAAUAGACGGAAACAACAUAAUUACUAUGAAGCGAUAAAGAAGGCAGACAACCGGAUAGCAUAG